GCUGAUCAAACUAAUAGGUUUGAUCAUUGGUCGGACAAUCAGGUUAUGAUCAGAGCUCAUUACUAAAUUUAAUCACCAAUCCUAGAUCAACAAUCAAUUUAAAGAAACUGGCCAAACAAUUUUGUUUGGCCAGUUUUCGGAACUUGACGAGGCUUGAAUCAAACUUAAUAAAUAUUUCUUAUUCAUUUUCUUUUAUUGUUACAAUUUAAAUAUCAUGUUACUGUUUGAUCAAUACGAUGAAGAAUCAUCAACAUCAUUCACUAGACAAUAUGGACAUCCUUCUGUCCGUCCAAAGAUUAUUGGUUCCUAUGAAGAUGAAGAAGGUAAACCUUCAAUAUUUAAGAGGCACCGAAUCAAUUUCCAACCUGAAGAUGUUAUCACUCAUUUGGCCGUUUCUAAUAAUCAAAUGAUCUUGGCGAUGAUGAAUAAGAAAUUGCUUCGUAUUGAUUUAAUGAAUCCCGAUCAACCUAUUGAAAUUGAAUUGGCACAAUUUCUUGGUGAUAAAUCGCAAUUGGCUAAAUUAUAUCAAGUCUAUUUGUCGCCCAGUGGUAAACAUUCAUUGCUCAGUUUCGCCUCUGACCUGAAAAAUUUAACUCCUUUUGAUAAUCUAUAUUUAUCUAAAAAGAUUCACCAAGCAAGUAAAUUGAAAGGUCAUCUGAUUACCGCUUUGGCCUGGAAUUUUUUAAACGAGAAAGAUAAUACAACAAGUAAUAUACUAAUUGGAACCAGUAAAGGUUUGGUAUUCGAGACAGAAUUAGCUCCAGAUGAAACGAAGUGGCUCAUGAACACAAGCCUAGAAAAAUAUUACAAUCAAGUUUUCGAUACUGGACCUGAAGCGGGUCCAAUUACUGGUAUUCAAUUUCAUCGAGUUCCCGGAAAUGAUCAGCUUUGUUUCAUUCUUGUGACUACAUCAAGUCGUUUGUACCAAUGUGUCGGUAAAAUAUCAUCUUCAUCCAAUAUCGAUGGACCUUAUUUAGUGAACAUUUUCAAUAACAAUAGUGGACAAUUUCAGGAUAUGCCGAACAAUCUAGGAUUCAGUCGAUUGGAUUUCUAUUUCAACUCAUCCCUUAUUCCCGAAACUUUUGGUUGGCUAACUGAACCUGGUAUUCUCCAUGGAAAGAUAGUCUAUGAUCCAUCAUUUUCUCUUAAUACUGUGACGAAAGAUGCAACUCCAUUGUCUUUCACCGAUCAAUAAUUGGUAAAUCAACAACGUUCACUGAUAAAGAAAUCGCCACAAUCAAGGAUAACAAUGAAGAUCUAAAUGAUUUACUGGCCUCUCAAUGUCUUUUCUGUGGAGACUUAAUGAUAGAAAGUAUUAAUGAACCUUUAAUUUCCCCUGAUGAAAAAAACAUGGCUCUA